UAUGUAAGAGAAACACGAAGUGAAAUUAUGGCUCAGUUAGAAACUAAUUAUAUUUCGGAAACGGCAAAUUUCACAGAUAGACAAAAGACAAAAUGGUUAUUAGUAUCUGCGCCGAUGCCAGUAUUUUUUAUAUGCAUAGUUUAUCUUUAUAUCGUCUACAUUGCUGGUCCGCAAUUCAUGAAAAACAGACAACCGUACUCGUUGAAAACGUUUAUGCAGUGUUACAAUGUUGUUCAAAUUAUUUCAAAUGCUUGGAUAGCGUUUAAUUUCAUGACAUAUGGUAGACCAUUUACUGCUGUAUGGAGAUUUUGCGAGUCACUCGAUGAACUUUGCGGCAAUUACAGUGAAAAGGUACUUGAAACAAUGUGGUGGGCACUAAUGCUUAAAGUGUACGAUCUCGUUGAAACUGUAGUGUUUGUUUUGAGGAAGAAAGAUCGCCAGAUCUCAUUUUUACACAUAUACCAUCAUGUUAGCACAUUUAUCUACGUUUGGUUGAUGCUUAGUUACUUCAGUCAUAGUUUUAACAUAGUUACGAUGUCGCUCAAUUGUUCUGUACAUGUUGUAAUGUAUUCCUAUUAUUUUCUGAGCACUUUUGGAUCGAACAUGCAACGAACACUUCUUCUAGUCAAGAAAUCUAUUACCACUUUACAAAUGACACAUAUUGCGUUCAUAAUGGUAUUUAGUAUGCAAGGAUUUAUACCCAGUUGCGGUGCCAAGAUGGUGAAAUACUACUCUGCAAUAACAUCUAUCAAUUGCAUGAUAAACUUGUUAUUCUUUUACAAUUACUUUUAUCAUUCUUAUAGGAAACCGAAAGCAGCUUAAUUUCGAAAGUACAAUUUUGUCGA